GAACCAACCCGUGCCCCGACUAUUGGCAGUUGAAUUUUUGGUGGUGUGGGCGUUGCGAUUCCCGUCUCCCUUUUGAAGCUUUAACAGCAUGAAAGAUUAAAAGGCGGAGCAGCAGGCCAAAGCACUCGAAUGCGCGAGUGCUGACGGGCGACGACCGAGCGCAGGAUUCAAAAAAAACUCCGCUUUUUAUGCGAUAUACCAACACCCUUUAGUGCAUAUACCAGAGCGAGACAGAGGGAUUGUUCAAAAAUCCUUGCUUUGUCCGAUUCUUUCGUCCCUCCUUUCUCACUGGAACGAAGCGGUGCAUGUUCACGCUCUACCCUUUUCUUUCUCAGAGCUUUGCUUGCUUCUUCGUGCAUUAAAGUUGACCAAUUUGUUAAAACUUCUGUCGGCAUUCGUUUCCGGGUCGUCGUGAGACGACCUUUGAUUGUAUUUGGCGAGUGACCCGGGAUCGGUUCUGUCUAGAAAAUGAUUCUUGGGCGUCUUUCUCGACGACCCUUUUGAGGUUAGGCGACCACUUCGGUGCCCGCGUUAUGCAAAAUGAGUGCUUUCUUGAACAUUUGCGCAUUGAAUAGGAGUUGAGGGAUGCGGGUGUUUCGGAGCAGCGAGUUUUUGAGAUGAGGGGAGUGUGAGUGUCGGUGGUGAUCAUGGGAAGUGGAAGAGUGGAGGUGAUCAGUAGCAAGGGGUGUUCGAAAUUAGUGGGUGGGUUCUCGGCUUCAUUGCCUUCUUUUAGAGGUCUGCAACCGUUGGAGCCGACCAUGUCUCCUGCUCCGUCGUCGGUCGGGUCUCAGCCAAGCACACGAUCAAGUGGUCCAUUUUCAGGGCUUGUGAUAUGUGUGACCGGUCUCUCUAAAGAAGCAAGGAAACAAGUCAUGGAUGCAACAGAGAGAUUAGGUGGCAAAUAUAGCCCCGAUUUACAUCCUCAGUGUACCCAUUUAAUCGUCCAGAGUUUUGGUGGACGGAAGUUUGAGCACGCAUUGAAGCAUGGACCCAAAAAUGGUCUCUUCAUCGUUACGCUGGGAUGGUUUGUGGAGAGCGUCAAGAGGAAUGUGAGGUUGAGUGAAACAUUGUACAGUGUUAAGAGUGUUGGAGAUAGCGGCAGUCGAAUAGAAGAGUUGCAUCGGGCUCGUGGGAUAACUGGUGCUGAGAAAUCUUGUCUUCCUGCCAGUAUUCAAGAAGCCAAGAAACUUGAAAAGGCUGAAGAAUCGCGCCUUUUGUCUUCUGGAAGAGAUUGUCAAAGGAGUGUUGAUUUGAUGAAUUUAUCUGGUCAGUCUGUCUACUUAGAUUCAGACAUUUCGGCUGAACUACAGAACAAGGUGAUUGAUGCAGCUACUAGAGAAGGCGCCUCAGUUGUAGAUAAGUGGUACAUUGGUAGCAAUGCGAGUCAUGUUGUCUGCGAAGGGACUUCCAUCAGAAGAUAUCUUGGUCAUUGCAACAAUCUCGUCACUCCACUGUGGCUUUUGAAGACAGCAAAAGAGCAACAUCUCCAGAGGCUCGUUCACCUAUCUGCUGAUUUGGCCAGGCAGCUGGGAACGAUGCUUGAUAAUUAUCAUAAUGGUCCUCUGAAGGAGGAAACAAAGAAGAAUGACGUUGUCUCCGAAGGGCUGAGCUGUAAAGCCAGUCAUGAAGAAAGACUAAAAAUUGUAAAUUUUGCUAAAAGUGGUGUGAGAAAUCGUCGUGGUCGCAAAAUGCAGACGUGCCAGACCCCGAUACGGCCGAUAACCCCAAGCAGUCUUCUGGAUUCCAUUUGCUGGUCUAUAUCUGAGCCAACUUCAACUGCUUCCAUUUAUACGGAUUCGUUUAGUUCUGAUGAUGGCCGUGAGAAUCAUCCACGCGCAUUCUUUGAUGCAAAAGGCGAUGGCAAGGGUUCAGAAGCUUCUUUUGCAAACUUAACGAGGCCACUUACUGAAAGUGAGAAGAACGAGUUGAUUUUUAAAGACCAUUUUCUCACUAUUCUGUUCCCAGUUGACCGCUUUGCUGAAAUGGGGCCAUCUUCAAGGACAUUCUUCAGUGACAAAGGUUUUACAUGCUUUCGGGUGUUGGAUCAUAUUUAUGCUUUUUAUCAGGAGAACAUGUCAGCUCAGGAAAUAGAGGUUGCCAUUCACACAGAUUCAAGGCAUGCUGACCGUCUUAGAUCAAUGUACUGUAGUAAAGAAACUGCUGAUUGUGGAUUUGUGGCCUUCAAAAGGAUCGACUUCUUGGGUAGCCGCAGGAGCUUUGAAAUGCUAAAGCGGGUCAGCGGGGACAAUAACAGCAACGUAUAUGAACUGUUGGUUAGAGCAUAGGAAUGAUUGCAUCGGAUCUUGAACUGCAUCCUGUAUAUUGGAAAGUCAGCACUCAGCGAAUUUGAUUUAAGAGGGAGAUAUCGUGCUGAGCUGAUCGAACAGCCCCGGUUCGCUUAGCGCAAAUUCUAUUUUGAAGAGGAAUGAAUAAGACAAUACUUUUAUUUGCUCGAGACUUGGUGUGCAGGUUAAUCACAUAAAGCUGUACAUUCAUAGGCUUCUUUCCCAGAUAGGAAUACCUGAUUUUGGUUGUCUAUUACUGAUCUUGUUGUGGCUUUCAUUGUCCUCUUUUUUCCUUUUCUUCUUAUUGGGUGGUUGUACCAUACUUGGAAAUCAUUGGUUCCGCAAUGGGAAAUUCUUUGGUGGUG